ACCCCAUCGCUACCGUUCAAAUGCUCAUUCUUUCCUCUUUCUCCUUAAGCUUGCUGGCAAAAUUAUCACUUCUCGACUUAUCCAUCACUCCAUACUCCAUUCUUUCUUCUUCUCCGGCCGGUCAUAUAUCCAUCCAUCCAUGGCUGCUAUCACAAACUUCCUCCUCAUAAAGCCAACCCCGGAAUUAUCAUCCAUCCCCAGAAUCACCCCCUUCUCUCACGACCCAUCCGCAACCUUACAGGGAACUCGCCGGAAAAUUAAACUAUCCGCAAAUAACCUCAGACCAAACAGGCCCUUAUUUGUAGCAAAAGCGGCCGGCGUCGGAGCCGCCGCCAGCGGGGUGAAGAAAGCGGACAAGAAUGAGAGAGUGCAGAAAGUCCACAGCACGGAGGAGUUCGACACGGCACUCCGGCAGGCCGGGAACCGGCUGGUCGUGGUGGAAUUCGCGGCCAGCACGAGCGAACAGUCGAGCAAUAUCUACCCGUUCAUGGUGAACCUGAGCCGGACGUGCAACGACGUGGAUUUUUUGCUGGUGAUGGGCGACGAAUCGGAGAAGACGCAGGAGCUUUGCCGGCGGGAGAAGAUCGAGAAAGUCCCCCACUUCAGCUUCUACAAGUGCAUGGAGAAAAUCCACGAGGAGGAAGGGAUAGGCCCGGAUAUGCUGAUGGGCGACGUGCUCUACUACGGCGACAGCCACUCCGCCGUGGUGCAGCUCCACAGCGGCGGCGACGCGGAGAGCCUGAUCGAGAAGCACCGGAAGGACCGGAAACUGGUGGUUCUGGACGUGGGGCUCAAGCACUGUGGGCCGUGCGUGAAGGUGUACCCCUUGGUGGUUAAGCUGUCGAAGCAGAUGGAGGACUCGGUGGUUUUUGCGCGGAUGAACGGCGACGAGAAUGAUAGCUGCAUGAAUUUCUUGAAAGAAAUGGACGUGGUUGAAGUGCCCACGUUUUUGUUCAUCAGAGAUGGGUUGAUUUGUGGGAGAUACGUCGGCUCCGGCAAGGGGGAGCUCAUCGGAGAAAUUCUUAGAUACCAAGGCGUUAGGGUGACUUAUUAGAUCAAUUUCGAUCAAUUGUUUACUUUGAUAUGAUAUGAUGAUAUAUAUAUAUAUAUAGUCCUUUACAGGGAAUAUUGAUUAUUUGUCAUGUUUUCUUUGCCGUCUUUUCUCUUUCCAAUAUCAAUUCUUGUUCCAUUAA